GUGUCCUCGUUGUUCACGUUCUACAUUAUCCUCAAGCAGAGAGAAAAAUCCUAUCCUCUCUCUCAGCAGCCACGACAAGCAGACCAUCCUCUUGUACCACCCUUCAAUAGAAAGGAUAGCGACAACUGAGCAAUGCCUGCUAUCAUCGAUAAGAUUGCCGACGCGCUGCAUCUCCACAAGGCGCCCAAGGAAACGGUGGUCGCAUCGCCUGCUUUUGAUUCGAGCAAGGUCAUCGUCAUUUUCGUUCUUGGCGGUCCCGGCGCAGGCAAGGGUACUCAGUGCGCUCGGCUUGUUGAGAGCUUUGGAUUUUGCCAUCUUUCGGCCGGUGAUCUCCUUCGUGCGGAACAAGUGAGAGAGGGCUCUCAGUAUGGGGAGCUCAUUCAAACAUGCAUUCGCGAGGGAACGAUAGUGCCCAUGGAGGUCACCAUCAAGCUACUUGAAAACGCCAUGCUUGAAGCCUUGAAAGGCGGCAAGUCGGGAGAUGGCUGGGGUGAGGGUCAGGGUCGUUUCCUUAUUGACGGCUUCCCUCGCAAAAUGGAUCAGGCAAUCAAGUUUGAAGAGGAUGUUUGCACUGCCUCCUUGGUCUUGUACUUUUCUACUACUGAGGCAGUCAUGCUUGAGAGACUUGUAGAACGAGGCAAGACCAGCGGCCGAGAAGACGACAACGAGGAGAGUAUCAAGAAACGGUUCCGUACAUACCAUGAGACGACCAUGCCAGUCAUAGAAUAUUACAAGAAGUUUGACAAGGUUGCAGAGGUUGACAGCUCAGUUUCAAUCGAUGAAGUCCAUAAGAAUACGGUAGAGGUCGUCAAGAAGGUUCUAUCUGGAGAAUAUGUUGCUACGGCAUCUGCUUAACCCUUUGUCUCGUUUCC